AUGGAAGGUGACACAGUACAAGCUUUCGCUAAACUUGAAGGAGAUAAUUUUUGUUAUUAUAUAAAGACACUUCAAGUAAUACUUGGACGUAAAGCAAGUGGCUCGGAUCAAGUUGAUAUACACCUUGGUUCUACUAAAGCAAUAUCAAGACAACACGCGCGACUUUAUUAUAAUUUUCAAGAACAACGUUUUGAAUUGGAAAUCUUUGGAAAGAAUGGUGCCUAUAUAAAUGAACAGUUCUGUGAAAGAGGUUUUAAAGUACCACUAGAAAAUAGGACGGAUAAUGAAGAUGGUACGUCCACUGCUACUGAACAUGACACGUAUCAUAUGACUAGUAAUACGACUUACCAAGAAGCAACAACCAAAGAAUCUCUAGUAGAGUGUGGCCAAAGUUAUUCAAAUGGAUAUUCCACCACUGCCAGUCAAGAAUCCUCUUACGGUUAUGCUAAUAUUAAUAGUAAGGUUAAUUUAUUAGACAGUGGAAUCGGUUCAUCAAAUUCUAGUCAAAGAAGUGGUUCUUCAUCAUCUUCCACUCAAGGAGAUGCUAGUGAGCAACAAAGUCCCGUUGGUGAAAAGAUUGAUAUAUCAAAAUAUCAAUCCAGACAAAUUAAACCUCCCUUUUCAUAUGCAUCUUUAAUUGCUCAAGCGAUACAAUCAGCUCCUUCUAAAAGGAUGACACUUAAUGCCAUAUAUAAUUGGAUAACAACACAAUAUCCUUAUUAUAAAAUUGCUCAAAAUGGAUGGCAGAAUUCCAUUCGUCAUAAUUUAUCAUUAAACUCGGCUUUUGUUAAAGUUCCACGUAAUGAUCAUGAACCUGGUAAGGGAGCAUGGUGGACCAUUGAUCCUGAAUGUGAAUCUCAAUUUACCGACGGUGUAUAUAAAAAGAAUCGGAGACCAAUUUCAAAAGAAAAAAGAGCUUCUAUUCCACCUUAUCCAACAGAAAAAAAUGUAAGGAAAAGACUAAUCAAUGACAAUGAUAAUAAUGAUGGGAGAGAUUUGAAGAAAUUAAAUAAUCAAGUCCCUAUAAAUAUCAGCAAUAAAAACAAUAACGACUGCGGUGUCGAGAGUAUUAUCACUGCAACAACUAAUAUCGGAAGUGAACAAGACGUUACUAACGACAAUUCUCCCUCCUAUAGUCCAUCUUCGCAGUUAGUUUCAUUACAAGGAAUCAAUUCUCAUUUAAAAAGAAAUAUAGCGCCAGCACCAUCACUACCGGUUCCAAUUGCACCUCUUGUGUCGCGUCAAUCCAGUAGUAAACAUCAUCAAUUCAUAUCACCUACGUGUUGGAAUUUACAUCAUCUUCCACCAAUCGCUCCUAAAAAGUCUUUACCUGAUCAAGGAUUAAGCAAUUGUGCAAAAUAA